GUUUCAAGCUUCCCCCAUCCAUUAGCUGUCAGUAGCUACCCCACAACCAUGUCUACCGUCAUCAAAGGUGCUGCUAAACAGCUUGUUACUCCUUCAAAACAGAAGUUGUUCCAACUUGAACAGCUCCAAUGUCAGGUAUUCAGAACCACAUUCAACCCUACAAAGAUGAAAACUGGUGCCAAGAUAUUGACUGCCCCAUUGAAAGGUCAAACUCUGUCCAAGUAUUAUGGACCUUCUGACUUCCCAUCUAUUGCGAAAGUUGCCAGAUCUUUGAGCACGCCAGGGUUCAGAGUCAUCAAUGAACCAGAAGCCUACAGAAUGGAAAGAGUGGAAGACCUUAAAAGAAGAGGUAAAGGUUCUCCGAAGAAGAUCAGGGAAGCUGCAAGCAAAAAGAAGAAGAAAUGAUCUCUUUAUUCGUAAAGACGACCAAGCUACAUCCAUGUAUAUACAAAAAAUAGUUUCCAAAUGUAUAAUAAACUACUAUCUUAUGAUUAUUACUCUAUAAUAUACAAAUACAACAAAUACACACUUAUCAGAACAUUC